AUGCAGCCCACCCAAGCGCUCCUAAAACGUUAUCGCAAGCUCCCUCUAACAACCAAGGAUAUCAAGAAGGGUUUCUACAAGGGCACGCGAACAGGCAGCAUGGGUCAGCACACCAAGUUCGGAGGAUACGUUAUCGACUGGGACAAAGUGCGGACAUAUGUCGUGCCCGCGGGGCUUGAGGCUUUCAAGUUAACCCCAUUCAUCACGAGCAGGAUCCGUCCAACAAGAGGCCGAUACGAGGGCUACAGCAUGGGCCCUAAGAGCCCGGAGCUAUAUUUAGAGAGGUGGAAGGCAGAGAAUGGAUUAGACUGA